AUGUCCACCCCCAAUGAUCUCCAGGCCCUGCUGGCUAGCAUUCGCCCUCGGCCAAAUGGUGCUAACCAAGAGAACAUUCAUUAUCCGCGGCCUCAGCAGGCGCAGCAGCAUUCUUACCCUCAGGGCAUGUUUCCGCCUCACCCCCAGCAGCAACAGCCAUAUGAUGGCCAGAGCUUCCCCCAUCCUCAGUUGCAUGGAUACCGUCAUCCUUCGGUUUCCUCCGCUAUUCAUAGUCCCUCUCCUGCGAAUACUCCUCCCCACCAUGGAUCCGAUAUUCUCAGCCCGAAUGUGGCGACUCCACGCGUCGAAUGGCAACAGCAGCAGCAUCAGCAGCCGCAGCCAUACUCGUCGCAGCCACCUCGUCCGCAAAGUAACCAGGAUAGCGCAGCAAACCUGCUCAAUUUGCUGAGGUUCAGCCAGGGCUCAGGCGCUGCUUCUCAAGCUAGUUCGAUCGCCCCCGAUCAGGCACGAUCCCCGGUCCCAGAGCGUACCCCGUCGCACGGACGAAAUAUUUCCGCGUCAGACUUGGUUGCUUCUCUCUUUGGCCAGAAGCCAGUUCCUGCAGAGCCCUCAAGCGCUUCAGUCGGAGCACCAGCCCCAGCCCCAGCGCAGCCUGCUCAGUCCGAGGGUCCGAGCGACAACACCCAGGACAUGUUGCUGCGUCUUCUGAACCGAGCUCAGCCUGGUCCUGCAGUGGCGCAGGCCCCUGUACUGAUUCCAAGUGUUCAAUCGCCUUCUUCUCAGCAGGUGUCCGAUGGAACUUCGGGGCGUGGUGGUCGCGACGAGAUUAUCAUGGAAAUUGUGGACGCCUCUCCUGCGGAAGUCGUGGUGCCGGAAACGGUCGCAUCUCCCACAAAGGACUCCAAAUUUACCUAUGUCAAUCCAUUCGAUCAGCUCGCAGCUAUUUCGCCACGAAACAGCUCUCCGCAGCCAGGAUCUGAGAAUGAGGGCCCCGUUGUGGAAGUGACCCAGAAAGAAAAGGUCAAUAUCUCAGCCACUCUCGAGCCCACUGUUUCUGCCGCCCCUCGGGCUCCGUCGAUGGGUCGCCCUAAGCGCGCAAAGUCUCCAGUCCUGCUCCCCGAGCAGCGCGAGGCUAUGAACGACGUUGUCAGUCGCCUAGUGGACGAAAUUGGACGUAGUAUUCAUGGUACCGACACGGCUCACCAAAAGACGGCGGUGGAUGUUGAAAUCCCAUCCACCAAGCCCACCGAGUCCAGUGAUCUGAUGGCAGCCCUUCGCAAUCAUAUGCGCGAGACUGUCAGUCGUGCUGAAGACCUUCGUGCCGAGAUGGAGGCAUCCCCGGCUGAAGCGUCCCCCGAGCCUGAUACUACCCCCCAACCCACAAAGGUUACUGUGACCGAGGCUCCCUCGACAGUGGCUGUGCCACCUGGAAAUGAAGCCGCCGAAGCUCUUGUGGACAGCUGGGAAAGUGCUGAGGACAGUGCCGAGAAGGAGGAGGAACGUGUCGUGUCUGUCUACAACUUCCCUCUCAAGCCAUUCAUUUCCAUCACAGUGAAGCCUUCGACUGGCAAGCUUGCGGAGUUCCGUGAUGAUGGUAUUAUGGAUAUCGCUCGGCUGAAGAAGGAAUUCGAUCAAUUAGAUCGUUCGCUGACUGCUGCGACCUCGGAGUAUAUCGUGUAUGCCCUGGCGAAAACUGGUGGUAUUCGAAUUAUUCGCCAGGACGAUGGAAGUGACCGACAGGUUUUCCGUGCCACUCGUGACCGUGUUUUCAAUGUUGCCCUCUGCACGAACCACGCGACAUCGGGCCAGUCUGACGUUCAGGCUAUCCUUGGUAUCGCCGUCAGCGGUACUGUGUACUGGGCAUUGAUCUCCCGUGCUGGCAAGGAUCUGUUUGAGCUCGAUGCUCUGGAAAGCGAAAGCUUGAUCUUCCCACCUUUCCCUGCCUCUGACGAGAACACUUCUGGUGGCCAGCUGAAAACGCGCGCCAAGCGAAGCUCUCGUCACCCCGACCUCUUCGCCAUCGGUCGUGGCAAGAAUAUUUACGUGAUCUCUCCCAAGGCGGCCAUGUCUCCUGCCUACGGUGUCUCUGGCUCCCAGCGCACUGUGAACACUGAGAAAUUCUUCAAGGAGCGUGCUUUGAAGAUUUCGACUGGAAAGGCUGGAAAGGACUUUGUCUUCAGUGAUGAUGACACCGUCAUUGCCUCCCUUGAUAAGACUGGACGUCUUCGUUUCUGGGAUAUCAGCGACAUUAUUGAGAAACCUUCUCUGCUGGAAAGUCAAGCCCCAUCCGAGGUCCGAGUUCCACUGAACACCUUUGUCACUGGCUCGCCCGCGGAAAAGUCGUGGCCCACGUCGGUGCUGUUCCUCGACAAGCUCCGCCCAUAUUCGCGAGCAUCCGCGCUUCGAUACAUCUUGGUUGGCCUCAAGCAGAACCACACCUUGCAGCUCUGGGAUAUUGGGCUGGGUCAGGCUGUGGAGGAGGUCAAGUUCCCGCACGAAAAUGAGUCAGACGCCAUCUGCAGUGUUGUUUAUCACCCCUCGUCGGGCAUUAUCGUCGUGGGACAUCCAACUCGCAACUCCAUUUACUUCCUCCAUCUCUCUGCGCCGCGUUACAACUUGCCUGCCAUGUCUCAAGCAGCUUUCAUCAAAGCCGCUACAGACAAAGAGAGCGGGUUGCCAAAGCCCGAUUCGACCGCUUGCCUGAGCGGAAUCCGAGAAAUCUCGCUCGAAUCUAAGGGUGAGCUCCGAAGCUUGGAGCUUCUGCCCAUUACCAAGUCCGCCGCUGAUAAGCGUGGCACCGAAGAGACCGGUCUCUUCGAACUUUAUGUCAUGCACUCGCGUGGCGUGACUUGCCUGAACAUCAAGAAGGAAGAUCUGGGCUGGACUGACGACAACAAGGUCAUUCGUGCUGUUGAUGGGUUAGAAGCUGGAUCUAUCUCCAUCUCUGAACUUCAGACUUUCCCCAGUCACGUUGCUGAUGAUCCAUCUAUCAACGGCGACACUGCAUCAAUCCAGUCACGUUCGACCAAGGAACCGAUUAAGAAGGCCGACACUGCAGACACCACCGCAGGAAUUAUCCACGCACGCAACGCCUCGCCAACCAAGCUCCCCAGCAAGAAGAAGGUCACCGAGGACGCCAUUAAGGAUCAAUCUGAGGCUCUUGCCAGCGCCGAGAAGGCUGACAAGAAAAAGAAGAAGAAGACUGCUGCUGCUGCUCCAGAGACAAAUGGCAAGGGCAAAGAAGCCGCUGCCGCAAUUCCUGUUGAGCCCGCGUCUUCUUCCAGGGAUCAGACCCUCGUUGCAUCCGCGGUCGUGCCAAAGACCUCAACCGAGACUGUCGAGCGUAGCGCUCCAGCCAACAGCCCACCUGCUCCUUCCAGUGGUGGUGUCUCUGAUGAAAUCCUCAACAAGUAUCUUGGGAGCAUUCAGGACACUGUUUCACGCGAGUUCAACAAGAGCCUGAAUCAUGAAUUCGAAUCUCUCUACCGCCGAUUCGACGACGAUCGACGCAGCUGGGAUGCUGCGUCGUCUGCUAAGCAGGACCAGGUCCUUCGUCUGGUGUCCAGCACUCUGUCGGACAACGUGGAGAAGAACUUGGCCAGGAUUGUGUCCACCAGCAUCCAGAGCGAUGUUCUCCCUGCUCUUGGCGAUGCUGCCACUGCCGCAGUUGGAAAGCAGCUCGGUGCUGCCGUCUCCCAGCAGCUUGGAGGUGCGCUCAACGACGGACUGCGCCAGGCUUUGCCAAAGGCCGUGAACGCGGCCAUCCAGCAGCCCGCUGUGAUGAAGACCAUUUCGGAUUCUGUGAUUCAGAAACUGUCGCCCAGCAUUGAUGCCGCUGUCAAGGGUGCUAUCUCACCGCUGGCCGAGAGGGUCACUCGUGACAACCAGAAGGUGGAAGCUGAUUUGGAGAGACAUUUCAGCGCUCAGUUGCAGCGUUACGAGGCUCAACGCCUGACCGAUCACGCCAAGAUCGAGCAGUUGUCGGCUGCGCUGCAAGAUCUUUCCGGAAAGGUGACAGCUUUGCUUGGACAAAGCCCGGUUACUGGCCCGCCCCCAGGUGAUAACGAGAUGGCCGCCAUCAUGAAGCUCUUCUUUGGAGAAAACAACUUUGAAGCCGCGACACUCAAGUGGAUCGAAUCCAGUCGCCAGGCUGAUCUGUUCGAUCGGGUUUUUGUCCGCAUUGACCCAGAGUACAUGCUCAAUCUCAAUGUGAUGCUGAACCUCUCGGUCGCUGUGGCUGUCACGGUUGCUCUGGACACCAAUGUUGGCAAGCGUCUGAAGUGGUUGGAGACUGUUUUGACCACAGUGGAUCCCGAAUCUCGACAGAACGCCUCCGUGCGCAUGUCGCUUGUGAUGAAUGAGGACUUGCGCCAAGUCGUACCGAUUACGAUGAACAAGCUCGGUCAGCGCCUGCACGGCUUUUACAUCACCGCCACUCAGGACAGCCAGAACAACCCGAGCCCUGCGCUCAUUGACUGGCUGGUUCGGAUGAUGCAUUACACCCGCAAGAUUAUGAGCGAAUAUUCGGCUCCUCUCUAG